ACCGAUACCACUGUCAAAAUCGUUAAAAUUGCAAAGAAAAUAACGUAGGAAGAAUAUUCUGGUUGAAUUUCCUCGAACAAUACGAGAGCAUCGUGGAAGCCAUUGUGAAAAGCAGUUCGAGUCGGUUGGUAAUCUCAAAAAACCCGCGAAAAUGCAUGCCCGAGCCGGAAAGCGGGGUGGAAGCAACACGCAGCGAUCGAUUAAACAUCUUGCCAUCGCGCCUGCCAAACCUUGGGAAAACAUCGGUGUGAAAACCGAGAGGUUUAUUCGAAACGCAGCCCAGAUUCUGCCCCGGCGAGGCCUCCCUCGAAAAUAGCAACCUUGGACCGAUCGAAAAACCCGGAUGCAAAAGGGUAAAAACGAAACGACGAAGGAUCGUCUGAAGCACACAUUGCGCAGAGAGAGAUAAAUAGAGAGCGAGUGAGGGCAGAGGGAGAAAGAAGGAGCGAGUGGAGGAAGGUAGGGAUGGACGAAGCGAAAGAGAGAGGAUGAUAGAACGAGGGCGAGAGAGGUAGGAGAGCGAAAGGAGAGCGAAACGAGGGUGUUGGUUGCGAGUCGAUAAACCACGGGAAACGCGAGCACCCUUGCGCACGGCUUCAACAUGGCGGUCGACGAGGAUCCGAUAUGCGGCUCAGGGAGGCUGUCGUCUCGGUACCCCUGCAUCCUGCUGGACUGAACAACAAUCAGUUACGUAGGAGCGACCAGAGCCAGCCGAUCACCGAGGAGAUCGGGAAUCGCAACGAGAACUCGUCGCCGACCAACGACCCGGUCGCCAGGAACCAGACAGCCGCCGAUUACGCCGCGGAGGUCGCGCAGGAUUUUCGCGUCGCCGAGGACACCACCACGUGGUCCUCGCUCGCCAUUACCCGCGAGAGCGUGCAGAUCGAUAGCUCGAACAUCGAGACCGGCAACCUGAACAACAACCUCACGGUGCCCAGGAUCCGCAGGAACAGCUCUGUCGAGAGUUUGGCUGACUACGAAGGGCGUAACUCCUCUCACGAAGACUCGUCCCACGAGUUGACACCGUCCGAGUGGUCCGACUGGUCCGAGGAAGGAAAUCUGCCCGCAGGUUGUCGCGGUAUCGUCAACCCUAACUAUCCUGGCUUUCAACACCUGGCGCCUUCUCUUCUGUCGGACACAGAUCUGACGGAGGACGAACACGAGAGCUGCCCGGAUUACCCCAGGCUGAACGACAUCGACACCAGACCGGCCGAGAACGACAACGAGUACAACAACAACGUCGAGGACAGCAUCAAUCACCUGUGUGGCCAGAGAAACGAGAGGAAGAUCUUUUACGAGAAGCCUAAGUUCAAUAUACAGACUGUAACAUCUUUGUACGAGUCGGUGGUGCCGCCAUCGGAGAAAUGUAUAAACUACGUGAAAAGCGUUGAAGACUCGAGAACGGAGGAAAAGAUCUUAACGCCGAAAUCGGAUAUCGUGAACGGUGUGGUCGAGGCAGAGACGCAUCUGACAGUUCUAGAGCCGGAGGAAGCACUAGCUGACACGGUCGCCGAGAACACCACGGAAUUGUCCGAGGCGGUCUUGGAAGAGAAACAGGAACGGGAGAUCCCGGUCGAGGUCGAGAUCGUCGAGCUGACGACCAGCGUGAAGGAGAUCCUUCAGUUUCCGGAGAUCGAGGAAAUAUCGGACUCUGGGAAGACCAGCGAGGUCGGUGAGGCAGAGGAUAUCGUGGUGGAGCACAUCGACCUGAUACGCGAGGCAAAGGAGUUGCCUCACCAGGCCCGUUCCAAAAUAGGCAACCGUCAGACGGUCACGUCGACCGGCUCCGCCGACGACGACUCAGAGAGCAACACCGACACCGACAGUUACCCGGAGGAACAGCCCACGUACACGAAGCUCGAGGAGAUCGAUCUGCUCUCGAGCAUCGGCCGUGAUAUCGGGGUCGAUCUCGAGAAGUACGUGCAACCGGUGCCGGACGUGGUCGCCAUGGAGGCCCUGGACCAUGUCCACGCGUCCUCGCGAUCCUCAGCCGCCAUGAACAACAUGAUGAAGGACGCCAUCGAGGACACGAACAAGCUGCUGGACCGCGAUCUCCCGGAGGCAUCGAGCGCCGACACCAGGAAGAAGGAGAAAAUGGCGAGGAAUCAGGCGAAACGCAGGCAACAGCAGCAGCAGCAGCAACAGCAACAGCUGCAGCAGUUGAGAACGGUGAACUCGCAGAGGCGUCCGGACAAGAGGAGGGCCGACGCGGACAAUGGGCCAGGCGGCUUCGACGUCUACAAUAUCGAAACAGCGAUGCCGAAGAUCGAUCUGGACGCGAUCGAAUCUCACCUGCGAGCCGCACGCGAGGAGGAACGACGGCGGCGAAACGACCGUGAAGAGAUCCGGAGGAGGUUGGCGAUGGGUCCAGACGCCGAAGACUUGCGCGCUGAACGCGGAAGAAAGCCGAGCCUCCAGUCGCGGCUUCAAAGCGGAAUGAAUCUCCAGAUCUGCUUCAUGAAUGAAACACCCUCGGACACGGAAUCGCCGUGUUCGGAGAACGAUGCAUCUCCGGAAUCCACGCCGACCUCGAUGAACUCGAAGCAACAGCAGAAACAGCAAAUGCCAGCCAGACCUCAGGUGCUCAGUCUUCCACCAUUGAGGCUGGACACCGGCUCGAAUUCGGCUCCGAUCGACGAGGCCGACUUCUUCGCCAGACAGGCUAGAUUGCAGACAGAGGCACGAAUGGCACUGGCACAGGCCAAAGAAAUGGCGCACAUGCAGAUGGAGGUUGAGAGACAAAGGCUGAAACAGAGUCCCAUCACUGAGAUGGUGCGAUCCAGCCUCGAAAAGGUUGGGGUUCAGCUGGGCGAGGAUAGGCGCAGAUUGUCUCGAGUACUUUUAACGGAGCUUAAUGUCGCGCAGCUUCAAGUGGUCGCGAACGACUUGCACGCGAGAAUCGCCGCUCUGAACGAGGCGCUCGUCGAGGGACUUUUGAGAAGGGACGAUUUGCACAUGGAACAAGAUUCGAUGCUCGUCGACGUCGAAGAUCUCACCCGAUAUCUCUUCUGCUGCGUUCACAUGCACAGAGGUGCCAAGCAGGAGUCGUUGAAGAAGAAGCAGAACGCGAGGGAACAGCAAACCGCUAGCAGAAGUCAUCAGCAGGCGAACGCAGGCCAGAACAAGUCCUCGAUGAAGCCGAAGCUGACGCACCGUGGUCUAGUCUCGUUGGUAAGAAAAUAAUGCCUGGCCACGAGACUGCGUGGUCUCGUCGGAAAUUAAACGAACAGGGAGCACAGCACCGAGAGGACGCGAGCAUGUAGCUUGAUUAGGUCUACUCGAUUCGAUGCCAACCUCGAGGACAACCCUCGUCCGGACGAUUCGAGUUGUAUUCGGCGAAGAACGCUUCCGGUGUCGAUGCUCGGACUCUCUACUACCUCUUCCUCUCGGCAAAGGAACCGGAAAAAUUGUUUGGGAAAAAUAAUGAAACGAUAUUCCGAAGAAAAACCUUCCGCGAAUCUUUCAAGUGCGAAUCGACGGUAAAAAAGAUACUGAUAACCUUCUUUCGUCGACUCGGACGCAGGCUACCGAAGCAGAUACAAUCGUUUUCGUCCCUCUUCGUGGGGUUCAAAGAUACAUACAUACGUACCGCAGCGAAGGAUCUUCUUUCUUCAUCCGUUCGGCAAACCGGUUCGACGGCUGAGAAGAAAGCGAUCUUUUUCCAAAAGUUUUUACAGCUUCGUCGUUAUCAAGAAUGGAAAGUAGAGUAUAUAUCUCGUACGUGCGUCCUCUGUUCAUAAGUAUACGUACAGUUGUGGAAGAACGAGGUAAACCUGAAAAAUCGUUAAGUAAUUAUUAAAACGUUUCGGAGCUAGAUGCGUGGUCUCGUUCUGAAUCUGGGACCGGCCAAGAAUUCGUAUGCUCGAUUUUAAAAUGGAAAUCUCACCGAUUACGUGCACGUGAACUGUGCGUACGUGUGUGUAUUUCUUUCUCGACCUUCCGUAAUCGGAGUCUGUAACACGAACUCGAAUUAACCCUCUAUCACGUAUAAUCGGAAUUUUAUUCGCUUAGAAAAAAAGAGACAGUCGAAUACAUUUUUCUAAUUUAGUUCGAAAUCUAGAUAUUUAUAAUAUCUAUAUAUUAUAAACGAAUCGCUUGGCGCGCCAAUGUUAUAGUAUACGUAUGUACGAAAAAUUCACCGAGUAAAUAGAAUAACGUAUAAGAAAUUGUAGCCGUACGAGUAGAUAGGUGUACUUCCUUAAGUCGUACAAAGGGUUAUAGAGGGUUAACCGACUCUGACAUUCGUGUUUCUCGAUUUCCUAUUUAAAUCGUCCGAAAUUUUUUCGGUAAUAUCUAAAUAUCGAAGGUUGCCGGUUGAACGUCGAUUCUCGCGUGAUUCGUCGUACGAUAACUGUUGCAACUAAGUUUCACGCGUUUUUUCUAUACAUAUAUACACAUCUUAGAUCAUCCUCUUGCUCGAGUAUACGAUAUUCUAAUCGAUCGACAGUUUCUCCGAUAAUCUAAGCUAAUUAUCGCGAUUCGUACGAGACCAGCUGAUGUUUAUGAACAGUGGUGUACGUGUAUAUAAUGCAUAGCCGGUCAACAAAGUAGCAACGAGCAACAAGUUCCCUUACUCGUACCCUCAUCUUAAUCGUCCCGAUCGAGACGAAUGAGAUCGGUUCGUCUUGUUGUCUAUGUAGCCCCGGUACUCCUCUCCCCUUCCGCUCUGGUUAAAUCUUGCGGCCAUGCAUGCACGUGUUUCCCGAGUGUAUCGCCUUUAUAUGAUAGCGUUGUAAACGGUAGGCAGAUCUCUUCUCUAUGUUGUAAAUAAACGGAACGGGCCAGCAGCAGAGGUUCGGAUCGGCGGGUCCGCUGCACGCGUUCCUCCGUCGUCACACAACGGAACUGGUUCUUUGUUCUCCGCAGUCGAGGAUGUUUCUCUUACUCUCGACGUCUUCCAACCAUCCGACGAAUCUUAACGCCAAUGACUCCUUUAAUCGCCAAUCGAUUUACACCUGUAUCAUGGCGUAUAGAACGGAAAUCGCGAUAGGACGUUGACGCGUGUAAUUCCUUGAAAGCGACGCGUUCCUUGCGACUAUAUGAUCGAUUCGAUAGUUGCGCGCCAACAUCUGCACGCGUCUCGUUCAAAAUUACCGCCAUACCGCAGAAAGAGUCAAUUGCGGAUCCAGAAGUCGCGCGUCCUCUCUCCUAAAACAAUAAUUUCAAUUAAUAUUACGUCGCAUGUCUUAUUUCGUUGUAUUUCGUAAUCAUUUUGUUUCUCUUUUCCGUUUUCUUUUUCUUGUAAUUUAAAGAAAACAUUCGAAAAUUUCAAAUCGUCAAGGAAAUCUAUGUACCUUUGCACGUUUUCCUCAGAAAACACUUCUGGAUCCGCCUCUGAUGAGAAUCUACCGAUUGUAAUGGAUGGUAAUGGAAGAUCGAUCGGGCGAUUGAAUUAAAAUUCGAAGAACUGUCGUAAGAUCGUCAUAAUUGUGCACCUUUCGGCGAGUUUAUUCUACUCGUGGGAAUAUCCUUAUUUUCAAGCCGUACCGCGUUCACUAUGGAAUAUAGAAAAGCGUGAUCGUAAACGCGAAGAACUUUCACACAGCCGAUUGAUUUAUCGGCGUUCGAUCCAACCUACGAUUCGGUUCUCCUGAAUAGGAAACGUAAUUAGACACGAAGCAUACUUUGGAAACUUAUUUCAUAAGCAAAAUACGAAGCGACGUGCAGCCGAGCGAUGUUCAUGGCCACAGUCGCACGCGUACUCACGCUCGCCAAGUCGAGAGAUUUAAGGUCAACGAUGCAAUAUGCACGAGAGAAAGCGAAAGGAAGACAAUUACGAAUGCCACGAACGAGGCUUCUUUUUUCUUCCUUUUUUACAAUCAUAUGGGUGUACGAUUUACGUCACAAUCUCGAAACGUUCAACGCGUUGACUGCUAUGGGGGUAACCGGCCGCCACCAGCACUGAGCUCGUCAACGACGCCAUAGGGGGUCACGACCUGCGAUCAAUGCUGGAAUUAACGCUGAAACUACCAGAACCAGUGAAAAUUCCGAUUUCUCAUGAUUUAACAAAAGUAAUGUGAACAUUUAUGGAGAUAGAAACGUAAUUAUAUGUUUACUUAUCUUCGUUAUGCCGUUUUAAUUAACAUGAUCUUAUAUGUACUAUAUGUGAGUACAUGCUACAGGUCGGUAGUUGCAGCGUUUAUUGAAGUUGUUUAAAUUAAGUAAAUAAUUAUAUUCGUAUGAUUUUUCAUAUUUUUAAUAUCACGACAACAACGUAAAGUACUAGAUGCACCAUAAAACGUUCGUACAUUUGUAUUCCUUUCUUUAAUUUUAUUUAUUUAUUUAUUUCUAACAAGAUAUAUAUAAUAUACGAAUAUUAUACAAUGUGUACAUACAAGGUUGAGCCAGCAGUGAACGCGUUAAACCAGGUUUCCAUCCAUUUUCUUCGACCCACCCGAAACGUUACCUUCCCUCGUCUUUUAGCCAUAAUUUACUCGCGUUCAAAGGACCGAAAAUUGAAUUUUCAAUCAAAAGCAUGCACAAAUAGGGGCUGCAAAAGGUACUUGAUAUCGUUGCAAUAUCGAUACACGCGACGCU